AUGAUGUGGACUGCGAGUCUCCUCUGCAUCCUCUGGGCAUCGUGUAUCCUCGGAGCUCCAGUAAACAAAGAGAGACAGAAGGUGCUGCUGAUCUCCUUUGAUGGAUUCAGGUGGGAUUAUGACCGUGAUGUGGACACUCCAAACCUUGACAAAAUGGCCAAGGAUGGAGUCAAAGCUGCGUAUGUCACACCUCCUUACCUCACCGUCACCAGCCCUACACACUUCACCCUCUUGACAGGCCGCUACAUUGAGAAUCACGGGGUAAUCCACAACAUGUGGUUCGACACAGCCACCGGUGAGAAAUGGCCGUACUAUCAGACUCUGUUUGUGAAUGAGUGGUGGGACAAUGGCACUCUGCCUAUCUGGAUCACAGCACAGAGACAGGGCCUAAAAGCUGGCUCCCUUCACUUUCCUGGCACACCUUCCAGUUACCAGGGAGAGGUUGCUAUGGUGCGGGAAUGGGAGCCACCGCUUUACAACUACAAGAACGAGACCGCUUGGCGAGAGAACACAGACAAGGUGAUGGGCUGGUUCAGGGACCAGGAUCUGGACUUCGUGUCCCUGUACUUUGGUGAGCCAGAUGGCACAGGCCACAGAUAUGGCCCAGACUCCCCUCAGCUCAGAGAAAUGGUCCAACAAGUGGACCGAGCAGUGGGCUACAUUCGACACUCUGCUCAACAACACGGGCUGAGCAGCCGCCUGAAUAUCAUCAUCACAUCUGACCACGGCAUGACCAAGGUGUACCGUGGCAGUCUGGUGGAAGAAAUCACGCUGUCCAAGAUCCCAGGCUUCUCGUUCCGUGACCUGUCCUUCCACCUGGUGGACUACGGCCCCUCUGGGAUGCUGUUGCCAAAGCCGGGCAUGCUAGACAAGGUUUACAACGCCUUGAAGGGGGCUCAUCCACACCUCCAUGUGUACAAGAAGGAGGAGAUGCCAGAGCGCCUUCACUUCACCAAAAAUGAUCGCAUCCUCCCCAUCAUCUUAUGGGCUGAUACUGGAUAUGUUAUAAACGGGUAUUUCCCAGUUCAGUUCAACAAGGGAGAGCACGGCUUUGACAACCAAGACAUGGACAUGAAGGCUUUCUUCAGGGCAGUGGGUCCGGCGUUUCACAGGAACCUGGAGGUGGGGCCCUUUGAGACGGUGAACAUCUACCCCUUGAUGUGUCACAUCCUGGGCAUCAAGCCGGAGGUCAAUGACGGCCACCUGAAUGCCACCAAACACAUGCUGGUGACGACUCGGGGUGGAGGUGUGAGUCACCUGCCAAAUCUCUUCAACGGACUGGCUGCAGUAGCUGGAUUUCUUGUCUUAGUUUUUAUAUUUACAGUGUCCCACAGAAUACUUAAGAGGGCAAAGAGCAAACGGAAAAACAAAAGGUAA